AUGCUCCUCGCCAACGUCCUCCUCCUCGGCUCUGCAACGCUCGCCGCCGCGUCCGUCCCCAUCAACGUCUUUAAGCGCGCCGACAACUCGUCGUUCCCGCUCUCGGCCAUCCCGUCGUCGUGCGACACCCAGUGCGAGACGUACAAGUCCAUCUUUGGCACUUGCCCCGGCAACCCCUCGGACUCGGCCUGUGCCGGCGCCUGUAACGGUACCAUCCUCACCAACCUGCAGGUGUGCAUCAACUGCACCCAGAUUGACGGGCUCGCCGCGGGUACUGUCACCCAGUACCAGAUCGACAUUCUCAACGCUGCCCAGCAGCAGCUCGCCCAGGCAUGUGUCGAGGACGGCUUCCCCUCCAGCUUCACUGGCGCCGUCCCCACCCCCACCACCGUGACCUACCCCUCGGGCGUUGACCAGGCCACCUACGCGAGCAACUCGACCUCGACCACAAGCUCGGCCGCGUCGACUACUUCCGCUUCUGCCAACUCGACCGCUGCUGCCACGUCGGCUGCCAGCUCAGAGACGGGCAAGGCCAGCGGCGCUCGCGCCCUCUCCGCCUCUGUCGCCGGUGCCAUUCUCGCCGCCGCUGGCGUCGCCAUCCUCCUCUAA